GGGCUCGAAUCUAAUUAAACACUCAAACAAACACAUAAAAAAAGAACCAACCUCACUUUAAAAAAUUGAAAAUACCUAUAAUUUAAAAAGACCGAAAAAAAGCGGUCUGUGGCCUGCGAAUUAAUAUGUGGAGGCCGUUUCAAAGCUCGGGGACAUUGUACGUUACCCGAAUUAAAGAGGGCAACGAUCAAUUACAUAUAGCGCUGACGAAUUUCAUGGUUCUUUGGGAAAACAUUUUUACUACAAAACAGUUGGAGCGUGGUUUCAAAGUAAACGCUUCCGUAAAGUCAGCGACAUUGUUGCAAUUGACCUGGAUAUGUUUUUUUAAGCAAUGUAAUCCUGUAAUCGAAGCCUCCAUGCUUGCAAUAAAAAAUAACGCGCUGGAUUUAUUGUAUAAUAUAAGGGAAUGCGAGGUGUUGAUUGAGAAGCGAGGCGAGGAUGUAGAACUUCAGAUAAAAAGAGAACUGUCAGAACAGAUUAAGUCUGAACAACUGGUAUUUAAGUACAUUUUACAAAAAAAGGAAGAAGCAUUGUUUAAGGAUUAUAUUACGGUGCCAUUGAUACAAACAGUAUUUUACUUGGAGACACAACAGAGGACAUUGUUGUCUGCCAUAGAGAGGAAAGACAGGGAACUGGAAGAGCAUCGAAUGGAAAAAGGAGAAAUAUCUCGAAAUGACUUGAAAACGGAAAAGUUCGACCCAGGGUCGUUACAGAGGGACAGUAAACUAUUUUUAAAUGUUUUCGAAGGUUCCUUGUUGGGCAAUUUAAUGGAAAUAUUUAAUGACGAAAGUGAGGGAAUUGCGCUCCCCACUCCCGGCGCUUCCGUUCAGCACUGGAAUUUGAAGCCGAAACGGAAGAAAGUUUACAGCUCGAAAACCGUCGUAAAGAAAGGAUCCGGCAUCUCUUAUAACAAAAAAUAGUAUUAAUAAACUCCUUUACACUUUAAAAC